AUGAAAGUUCGGAUUUUGCAGUUGGUGGCACUAUGGGUUUUGAUAGUGGCAAUUCACGAUCACCAUGUCAUGGCAAACGAUGGUGGCAUUUAUACACAUCCCGGGCCUAUAAUUCGACUGCAUGCCUCUGGAGAAGGUAGGAAGGCUAUCAAUGAUUCAAGGCCGUUGUCUAUCGUCGGUGCAGGCAGUAAACUCUGCGUUUCAGUAAACAGAUUCGUGCCCAAGCUAGUGGAUUGCAAGGCCGACACAAAAGAGCAAAAAUGGGAGUUCUAUACAGAUGGUACUUUGCGGACAGAGACGGACCUUAGCAUGUGCCUCACUUGUAAUGACCUAACCCAAGGAAGCGACAUUCUCGUUCUCCCAUGCAACUUCAGUUCGUCUGAUUAUAUAGUUUGGAAAUAUAGGUCCUCUGAUAAAGCCAUUAUUAAUGUUGUCACUGAACUAGUAAUGGAUUUGCGCAGUGGUCAAACAGAAGGCGCUCAACAAAUGUUUCUUUGGGAAUCCCUAGAUAAAGACAACCAGAUGUGGUAUCUAGAAGCAUGA